AUGUCUUCCCAAACGUACCAUGCCAUUGCCCACCGUAAAUUCAAGAGCCUUCAAUCUCUCAUUCCCAAAAGCUGGCUCCUUGACCCACUACCCGACCCCCUCCCACUCGAUGUCCGCUCCCUUGUUUCGAAAAGCACCGUCCUGACUCCAGACGAACUCUCCAUAACUUCCUCAUAUGACGUGACGUCACUCUCUCAACUUAUCCAUUCCCGGGCGCUCACAUCUGAAGCCGUGACCACCGCUUUCUGCAAGCGCGCCGCGAUCGCUCAACAACUCACCAACUGUCUCUCGGAAAUCCUCUUUCUACCGGCUAUCGAGCAAGCACAUGCUCUGGAUGCUGAAUACAAACAUACAGGCAAGACACGAGGGCCGCUACAUGGAAUACCGAUUUCUUUAAAAGAUACGUUCAAUAUUAAAGGGUAUGAUUCUUCGAUUGGCAUCGCAAGUCUCGCAGGGAAUCCUGCAAAGGAGAAUGCCGCGUUGGUGGAUAUACUUCUUGAGCAGGGAGCAGUACCCUUCUGCAAGACCAACGUCUCGCAGACUCUCAUGGCCUUGGAUUCGCAUAACCAUCUCUUCGGACGUGUUUUGAACCCACGGAACAGGCGGGUUACAGCAGGUGGAAGUAGCGGUGGCGAAGGAGCUUUGAUUGCCAUGAGGGGCAGUGUUCUGGGUAUCGGCACGGAUAUAGGGGGGCUCGGCCAAGAAAUUGGGCAGCUGCCUGGUAUCGAUAAACUGGGGUUGCAAGGUAGUGCGGGACUUAUGACGACGAGUGUCAGAGACUGCGAGCUGUUUCUGAAAGCGAUUGCAGAUGCUAAUCCGUGGGAGAAAGAUCCGAAUGUCGCUUUCGGGUCGUGGGAAGGGCAAGGGGAGAUAGGAAAGAAACCGUUGUUUGGAGUUCUGAGAGCUGACGGUAUUACCACGCCACUACCACCAGUGGCCAAGGUCCUUAAUGAAACGGUUGAAGCUGUUCGCAACGCCGGCUUCGAAGUUGUUGAGAUCAAUGCUCCAGCGUUCAAGAAAUAUCACUCACUGGCCAACUCAUUUUUCGGGAUCGAGGGGAACAACUUUCCAUUGGAUAUACUUGAGAGAACCGGCGAACCUUUGAUUCCCUGGCUUAACGCGAGGUUAAGAAGAAAGAAGCAUGCAGAUUUAAUACAGCUUAGCGAAUUACAUGUCACAAAAUCGGCGUUGGAGAAGGAAAUGUUGCAAAUCUGGAGGGAUGAGAAUGGGAGAAUGAUCGAUGCGUUAAUCUGUCCAGUGGCUCCUCAUCCAGUGCCAGAAAUUGACAGGUGGAAUGGUGUUGGUUAUACAAGUGCGUUUGUCGUAUUGGACUAUCCGGCUGGGACACUGCCAGUCAGAGACAUCUCAAAUGGUGAUUUAAAGGAUGAACUACCUGAAUCGGAAGUCCUGGGAGGUUGGGAUUUGAGAAACAGGGAUUUGUGUAAGCCCUCUACCUUCAUCCCCUCAGUAUUCCGUCCGUCAUACCACUCUUACAUGUUUCAAACCUUUGUCUACCCGUUCUCUUCCAUGGAUGCAGUGGGAAAUCCUAUCUUGCAAGUUUAUGCUGAUCCAUCAGAAACAGGGCACCCAGACAUCAAUGAUAGGAAGAUAUAUCUGAACACGAAGUUAUCAGUUCAAGUGGUAGCUCCCCGAUUGCAGGAGAGAAGGCUUUAUCAAGCGAUGGCACUUAUUGAUGAGAUCUUACGUGGUGCUAACUCGGAGAUUAGAGCUAGGAUUCAAUCCAGGAGCACGGUAGCUUGA